AUGUCCCUUUCAUUUUCACUGCUUGACAACCCUGCCGCCGCCGUAUACAAUGUGGGUCUUGAGAUUGUAUCUGCACAGGAUAUUCAGCAAAGUGAAUACCUAAAUCUUGCGGCAGGGGUAAAGGGCAAGUUCUUCUCGAGUGAUGCGUACACCAAGAUUGAAAUCAAUGGCAUGCCAAUGGCCUGGUCGCACCCCGUCUUCGAUUCGGUUAAUCCUCAGUGGAACGAAAAGUUUUUCUUUAACAACGUUCCAGAGGACUCGACAUUUAGACUGAUUGUGCUUGGUACGGACAUGGAUGAAGGCGAUGAGCUUGGAGAAGCACAAUUCAACACCGCCAAUGCUAAAUUCGACCCAGACGAAAUGAUUCCCUUGCCAAUAACGCUAGGUGAUCGCAACGCUGGCGUCAUCAGCAUCAAGGUUAACCGCCAGCAGCUCAACGCGGACUCUAAUGCCGCGAUUGAGGAAGUCGGUCCUGUUCGCUACUCUGUGCACUCAAGCUAUACAGCAGGAGUCCUGAAAAAGUUAACGUCCGACGAUGAAGAUUGGAAAUCUUUGGCAUAUAUCGUUCAGCUGCACAAUGUCCCUUUAUACUUACCCGAUGAUAACGAAUGGAACAAGAACUACACGAAGAUCCAGCGAGUGUUCGCGUCAGAUCAUCCCGAGGCACCUAUUCUUCGUGGAUUAGUCAAGACACAACACGCUGUGGUAUACAAGCACGAAAAGAAAAGUACGAAGUAUGGGUACCUUACCUCUCCUGAUGAUUUCUUUCAUCUCAUCCGCAACGGAAUGCGUCGCGGUAAGCCUGUGCUGUUUACAUACGCGAUCACACCAAAAGGUUGGCUCUUCUCUGAGACUGGAGCUGGCUUUUUCAAAGACAUGUUGUCGAAGCAUAUGAUGCAUUCAAAUACCGCCGAAUCCGUCAAAUACGCCGGCGAAUUUCGCAUUGAGGAAGAGGACGACGGCACUAGCAAGUUAGUAAUCGACAACAAUAGUGGUACGUACGCCCCGAGUCCGAAGAGAUUACCGCAACUUAAAUUACUUAUUGAGAACAACUUCCCGGGCAUCAAAUGUGAGGCAUUGGACCGCGAAAAUAAAGAGUCAGUCAAGAGGCGUAAGGAAAUUCUUGACGCAUGGGACUAA